UGCUAACAGUUUGACAUGAAGGAGAUAAAAAGAGAAGAAGAAGAGGAAGAGAAGAGAAUAAGUAGAUUGCUUCUGAGUACGAUGGAGGGUUACAGUGACUCUGUAAUUCCUCCAUUAACGGAGCUCUCGCCGGUAUGUGGAACCGCCAUUGAUGAGAAAGGUUCGAGCUCGAGAAAGAGAGGCAGAGCAAAAGCAACAGAGAUCGAAAACAUCCAGAAAGAGCGUAAGAGGAGAGAGAAAAUGACUGAGAAGUUCUCUGUUCUUCAGUCCAUCGUCCCCAAUCUCCUCCCCAAGGCUACGAGAGAGAAAAUUGUUGGGGAUACAAUUGAAUACAUUCAGGGACUUGAGAAAGAGAGAGAGAGGUUGGAGAACCUGAUAAAGAAGACAUUGUUGCCGGAAUCAAUGGCGGCGACUCAUUGCGCAAACUGGAACUCCUCCGUCGACGUGACGGUCUCGGGUGGCGGGGUGGUGUUUUUCGGGAUUCGGUUGGUUUGCCGGCGGCAUUUGGCGACGGAGAUUUUUGAGGUGUUUGAGAAGCACGAGGCGGAGGUCUUGGCGGCGACUUUUUUGGUUGACGGCGGGCACCACCAGCAGCGGCGGUUGGGGGUCACCGUCACGGCAGUGGUGGGCGGUGAUGGAGACGACGUUGGGAAGAUCAAGAGAGAUAUACUGAAUUUAUAAUUAAAUUCUGAUUAAAAAUUGAAUUUGAUUUUUGUUAUGGUAUAGUUUUGGCAUAAGGUGCUGUUUGGAUAUUUGAAUGUUUACAUAGAGCAUACAAAGAAUUCAUUUGAUAAAAGAAUUCAUUGAACGGAGUAAAAAAAUACAGUUGUUAUUCAUUUAUAUACUCACU